AUGUUAUGGAUUCAUGGCGGAGGAUUUCAAGCUGGCACUAAAGACAGCUACAAUUCCAGCUCACUAGCCGACAGUGUGGGAGCAAUUGUUGUCACCAUAAAUUACCGGCUAACAGCAUUCGAAAUUGUGGCGUCAGCCGUUAUGUUUAGCGGCAGCGUUUUAGUGGAUCUCGACUACGUCCGGGAUCCGUUAUCUGGGCUGGCUGCGGCUGAUGGCUUCGUGGUUGACCACGACCAUCUUAAAGACAUACCGGUGCGUGCGCUGCAGCAGACCCUAGACAGCGGAUACACCGGUCCAAAUAUCGUCACGAGCUAUCUCCGCGAAGAUGCUGCACUAACUCUCACAUUGGCAAUUCCGGAUCUCCUUGACCCCACCAAACCACUAACCAUGGAUGUCGUCCGUAACAUUGUCGCUAAAAAUCUUCUGCCAAGAGACGGGAAUCCUCAGUGUGCGGUUCCGGACUAUGGAUUAGCUGACCGCGUUAUGCAGCACUACAAUUUGUCGGCCACAGAAAGCCGCGGUGACACAUUGCUCAAAUUAUACCAUCUGGGUACAGAAUCCGUACAAGCAUUUCCAGCUUUCAAGGAAGCGUCAAUAUAUGCCAAUCACAUCAAGCCAAUGCCAUCAUUACCUUCAGUACAACUGAUUAGGACGAUAUACGAUUCGCAUUAUAAUGGCCUGCAUGCCUUUCAUGCGAUGGAGCUGCCUUACAUUUUUGGUCCGUGGCUGCUGUUACCUAACCAAACUUACGAUCCCCGUCUGACCGUCAGCUAUCGGGACAUGCUUCAUCAAGUUACACACAAUGGCGGAAGUAUGAUUGGUCCGCAAUUUUUACAAGACAACCACUAUGGGUACAACGAAGUAGGACUGGACGCACAAUGGUCGCCUGGCACCAGUGACCUGGAAGCCGUGUACCAGUACUGGCAGCAGAUUGCCAAUGAGCCAUGUCCAUGCGGAAGCCACGCUAUGUACGCCUAUUAGUUAGCUACGCUGAGAACCAGCAGCCGCACACGUGUCUCUGGCUCAGUGUCGCGAUUCGAUCCAUGGAGGGCUACUGGAGCAAUUCCGUAUUAAAACUAAUUUUAUUAUUAGGUAAUCUUAAAUCAAUUUUGACCAAUAGUAUUGGUCCGUUUUGGCCAGUUCCCACCCUUGUAAUU